AUGGAGGUCAACUACAAGAGCUACUGCGACAACACCAAUGGCGAACACAUCAGUUUGGAGGGGUUCAUGAGGCGCUUCAGUUUCGUCAAUGACAAACAUAGGAUUCUUGGCCUAUGGACAGGAGGCGUCGUGCCUUACCUCCUUUCGCAUACCAUCAAAGACAGACGUGACAUUGGAAAAUGCUUUAGCAAGAUUGGACGGACUGAUCUGGAAAUCAUCAUUGACCGCGAACUUCAAAUCCGCGAGCACUCCAGGGUCAUGCUGCCCCAGGUCGCAAAACAGCAGCAAGCUUUAGGCGAACUGAAUACGGCUCUCACGAAAGAGUUUGCGGCCUCCGAAGUACGGAGCAUCGAAUCAGAGCUGGAAACAGAGACCCACACUGACUGUGGAUCCGCCACACGAUCGGAAGCGAGGUCAGCGGGAAAGUCGAAGAGGUCCGCUCGCACAAGAGAGAACAUUGGAGAGGGCCAAGAGUCGGCAACUGUCGACAAGCUAGAGCAGCAAGAUGACUCGAUGAACGAAAAGCGAAAGAAGAAAAGCCGUGUCGGCGCACCAUCAUCGUCCAUGUCUACCUCAACUGCUUCCUCAAAGCCAACGCAUGAUAGGGGUCGAAGCUCAAGCUUGUCCACUGGCGGAGAUGACUUUGUGUGCAAGCCAUACGUUGACGUUUCGUCGCUCAAGGUGCACAAGUAUCAGAUUGGGAACUGCAAUGUCGGGCAGCUCUUCAAGAAGUUUCAGGAAAACUCGUCCACCAUUGUCAACGACUUCGACAUUACCGUGUCCUUAAGCAACAUCUCCCAGUUUUUGUAUGUGCACGACUGA